AAACUUUUAUUUUAGUCUAGCUUCUUCUAAAUUCCUUCUUCUCACUCUCAAAGAACACACACUCUCUGCGCUGGUUAGUUGUAUACUUCCAUUGACAAUCACUGAGAAGAAAAACAAAUGGGUGCAGCUAAAAAGUUAGGGCAUGGUGUUUACAGAGGUCCAAGUGUAUUGAAAGAGAUAGUUUAUGGAAUAAGUCUAGGGCUUGCAGCUGGUCUUUUAUGGAAAAUGCAUCAUUGGAAUAACCAGAGAAGAACCAAAGAAUUCUAUGAUCUUCUUGAGAAAGAUGAAAUUACUGUUGUGGUAGAAGAUGAGUAGCUGCUGUUAUUUUAGCCACUACUACUGCUAGCUAUAUGUUUCUUUUCUGGGUUUUUUCAAGAGUUAGUUUAUUACUGUAUGACUAACAUUUAUAGAUUGUUAGAUUAUGAUACAGCAUAGAUGUCAAGUUGUCUACCUAAUUAAUAUGUAUCCUCGUACUAUACGAAACUGUUUCCUCCGACAAGAUAAUAAUGUAAUGAAUGGAUUUUUUUUUUUUUU